UUCCGGUUCCUCAACGAAGCAUGGUGCGCCAACACGUGACUCAUCGUCAGGUAGUGGUGUCGCUGUAACCACGACAGCAACGAUUGCUCCCCAACAACCGCCGCCAACAAUGGUCACGUCGCAGGCAUCGCAGCAAGCUAUGCUACAGUCGACUGGUCAGCAGCAUCAACAGUUGCUACAGCAGCCGCCAACUGUAAUGCCCCAGCAACAAUCGUUGCUGUUGGCGAAUGCGCCUACCGAGAUGCUCGCCCAACAUUAUGCUCUUGGUGAAUCCACCAAUACCGUUCUGGCGGACCAUACGACAAUUAUGAUGGAUCCGGGGUCGAACCUACUGAAACUUGCCGUUUCACCCGGGACUGUCGAGACGGGAGAUGGGUCACACCAGCAGUACACUGCCUCCGGUGGUGCGAACGUCAACAUGAUGCAAGAUCAGCUAACCGUCACUCUGCCCUUAUCUGUGAUAAACUCAAUGAACCUUUCCGGUACGAGUCUGGUCAACAUGGCUCACGGCUGCGGUGAUGGUUCGCUAGCUCCGAAUGCGUCAUCAGGAGUGCAUCCGAACGCAGGACCUACCGCAACAACACUGUUGACCACCGGAGUCGAUACUGUCGAACCGCAGCACACUGCCGAGGCCUUUAUACCGGCGGAGUUGAUUGAGCAGCUGCCUCUGGUGGCGGCCAACGGAACGGAUCCCAACACUGCGUACCGGUUGGCAGCAACCGGUAAUGCCGGAACGGGUAUGGGUGGCACAACUAUUACGGCCGGAGGAGUUACCGUAGACGAUGGUGGACUGGCUGAUCUGGCCACACUGCCGAACUUCAAUGAACAGAUCAACUACACACUACAAACGGUUCUAGCGCAAAAUCUGCAGAGCGCAGAAGGGACAGCCGAACUCGUCGACAGCAUCGACGAUAUCGUACCGACGAUAAGCUUGCUACCGAGUGCUGCUAACCCAUUGGUCAUUCCCCAACUGCAAGGCGAACUGGGCGAUUCUAUUAUUUUGACACCAACACAAUUGACCACCCUGUCGCAGUCGCUUGUCGAUCAGCAUUUCAUCGAUAACAUGACACUGAAAUCGGCCGAAAUGGAGAUCGGACUAACGGUGAAUGGACCGGUCGACAUACCGUCCAAGCUGAUGUUGCUUCGUAAGGUCGACGAGGAGUUUGUACGCGAGCGCCAACAGCAGCAACAAUCAGCGCUCCCGUACCAGGCCAGAGCCGGCCAGAUGCUGGACGAUAUGCGAGGCAUUAGGAUGUGGUACAGCGGGCUACCGAAACCGUUGCACGUGAACACCUUCCAGCUUCGACGUUUGGCCGGAGGUUUCGUGAUGAAUCGGAAACUGCUCGCCCUCCGUAAGAAUCUUUUAACUGAGGCCAGCUUACUCGGGGCUGGUGUUACUGGUGCCGGCUCGACGGGUGCUAACCAGCAACAGAACAACUCUCCGGGGGCAACAGUUGUUGGCCGCAGUGCCUCGGGAAGUGGUGACAUUUUGCUGUCGUCACUAUCAUCUAUUGGAAAGAGCAAACUGGGUGGAAUAGGAGAAGGAGCGGCAGGUGUUGUUGGAGCUGGAGCAGGAACGAAUGGCACUGUAGGUGGCAUUGGUGUGGGUAGUCCGAUGAUGGGAAGUCCGACCGGUUCUGGUGGAGGCAUAGGUAUACGCAGUGGCAAUACCGCUCCGGUGAAUCGUGCGCAGCGCCGUAUGCUAAUAGCACAGCCUCGUAGCGGUGCGUUUGCUGGCGAACGUGCAGAGAAACCAUCCUGUUUGCUGAGUAACACAUAUUUCCGCAAUUUAAUCACUUCUAUGCAACAACAGCAGCAACCUGUAGCCAACAAUGCCAAAGAAGGAAUGACCCUCCCGGCUGAUACUAACUCGAUCGAUCGAUUACACAGCCUGAAAAGGAGUGCAUCCAGCUUGACAACGCUCUCGAACAAGCGGCUAAAGAUUAUCAACAAUCUUCACACCUCCACCGCUCCACCACAGAUGCUGUUGCAGGGUUCGAGUUGUAAAAUGAAACCGAAAGUCUUAUAAUUGUUGAUUAACGUCUUCGACGUUCCCUUGCAGCUGUCUAGCGACUGAAGCCAGUUUCAUAGCAGCCAAUUCUUUCGAUUGUAAAGUAGCCUUUCUUGUUUGGCAGUUUUUUGUGAGGAAUUUUCCUCAACCAUGCGUGAGUGUCGGAAACCUUGGAUAGUAAAUGGCCAAGGAUCCACCGCAAACCAUUCUUUGCCAACUCCUGGCAUGCCGUUUAGAAUACCAGCCGCGUACGCUUAUGUUUAUUAGUUUAACGUUCACGAACCAUUUCAUUGUACCGGCAGAAUCGGACGAAACAUCGAAUACCUUUAGCGAAAGUGGCGAGAGAUUAUAGACAGUAAACAGCCACUCUCUCCCUGAUGUUGCGAAUUGGGUUAAGUGACUUAGUGACGAAAGGUUAAGCACAUAGGUUUGGGAUUCUCAGAGCAUGUUUAGUUUAAAUUACUUUAAUUUUGUUGGAAUACUGGGGUGAACUAGUGCGUAAAAGUGUUCCAACUACAAGUCCCUCCGUUCUGUGUAGGUAAAACAAUCGAGAUGGUCAAGUGAGAGAAGAGAAAGAAGUGUGAUAGUUAGUUUAUUAAGUUGAUGUAUGUACGCUAGACAACUAAAGCUAAGAUGUACUACUACGGUGUGUAAAAUGAACAUGGACGUUAAAAACGAAUAAUACCUGUUUU